AAAUAAAACCCAAAGCAACUCCCCUUUCCGUGUGCUGUGGCCCAGGAUUCCCGCUGGAGGAGCACCCUUCCCGCAGGCGUCCAUCUGCUUUGCUGGUCCAGUUCUGAGAGUUUGUCUCAUUCCUGCCACAUCGUUGAGAUCAGAUCCGAGAGGCGCGAGGUGUCUCGUAAGGUGAAGGACGCCACGAAGUCGUCCGAGAUGUCCCUGAGGAUGGAGGACGCCAUGAAGCUGCUGAGCGACAUCUGGAAUUCGGAGGAGAGGAAGACAACCUUCAAGCACGUUAGAGAGGGCGCCCUGGUCACCGUCACCAUGGUCACCAUCGGGGGCCUGGUCUUGGGCCCACUGGGACUGUUCCUUGGGGGCACCUUCGGGGGAUUCUUAUCAUUCUGGAUGUCGAGGGGGAAGUUUAAGUCCGUCCCUCAGAUCCUCAAGGAGCUGCCGCCGGCCGAGAAGGAGAAGCUACGCCGCCAUGUCAGGGACAUCGUCAGGAACCUGGAGUGGACGGACGUCGUGCAGCUGACCAAGAAGGUCAUGGCCAAUGAGGCCGUGCAGAAGCAGCUGCUGACGCUGAUCACGAGCUACGUCAUCAAGAAGCCGUGAGCCACAGUGCAGC